GAAAUGAGCCCUCGAUUACGACUACUGCAUCCGUACAGUCGGUGCCGCCGCCGGGGUCCAUCUUGACGGGCAAGCAGGAGCACUAUCUGAAGCGCGAGCUCAUUUCACAACAGACACAAUGGGAAAUCAGUGAGCUUUCGCAUCCCACAGCUCUGAAGCGCUUCGGAGCACCAUUCCACUCUGACGUGGGCGAGGUGGCCCCCGAGGACUCGGAACUGCCUCUGCUGCGCUAUAUCUUUGUACAUCAUGUACGCAACUUUCCCUUCCUCGAUAAGGCCAGGGAGAAGGAGUUUUGGCAGGAUAAACUGCAGUCCUUCCUGGAGAGCUUCGCCAAUAAGCAUAUAUCAUCUGCAGAUGACCGGCUGGAGCAGACGAAGCGCGCCAAAUUGGCCCUCAAGGCGACGAAGCUGGUGGAGCUCAUGAUGGUCUCCGGCAUUCCAACCGCAUCGGGCUACGAGGAGCGCAUUCGCUUUGCUGAGAUGGAGGUCGUCGAUCGUGGAGCCAACGAACAGGGACUAGUAGUCAAUGUGCCGGAAGGCCAUUUUAUCAAUGGCUGGGAUGUCAAUGUUGCAGGUGUGCGUAUGGUCAGCGUCAAGAGACAUGUUCGCCAGCAUCGGCAUGCAGAGUUUAUUAUACGAGUGAAGCACAACGAUGAGAAGGAAUGCUACGUUGCAAGGCGGUUUGGCGAUUUUGCUAAGAUGCACAAAAGAUUGCGGCUGGAGCUUCCUGGUAAAGUUCUGCCCCCUCUGCCUCGCAAGAACAAGGCGCAAUCGCUCUACAGCAAUCGCGACGACGUCGAUAGCGAUAGCGUCUCGUCUUUAUCUACACAAGACACUACUUCUCCCAUCACCUCUGCUGGCCCAGAGGCGGCGGCGGCAGAGUCGAACGGGGGCAUACGAGGAUAUUUGUCCUCAUGGACCGGUGGUAACAGCAGUCGUCACGGCCGCAACGCAUCGCGGAGUUCCCUCUCAGCAUCUUCUCCGCGAGCUUCGACUGACAGUCCGAGAGGCUCUGCAGCUGGCCUCACGAAGGAGAGUCCUGCCGACACUGUCUUGCACCGAGAAGACCAGCGUGUAUCGCUUCGCGCAUUCCUCAGGAAUUUUUUGUCGAAUGAAGCGAUAGCUAACUCCCGUGCCAUGCAUGAGUUUUUGACCCUCAAGCCAUUUAUACCCAACCAGGAGGAGAACAAGGACAUUCAACGUCGCAAGAACAUGGAUGAGAGACGUCUAGAAGAGCAGCGCAAGUUUUUCGAAGUGGCCAGAGAUCGAGCACGAGAAUUGGACAUUCACAUGGAAAAGUUUCGACGCAGCGUCGUGGAGAGGAAUGGACUGCGUGAUCUAUUCUCUGAGAUCAAGAUCAAGGACAAGCUAGCAGAUCUUGACCCCGAGUACAAAAAGUUCGCCGAGUGGCUUCGUAUCGAAGUCGCAGCCACUCUGUACCACAUGUUCUUGGCCGAGGACAACUCGCCGGAACUGUUUGCUCAAGCCAAAAGGAUACACAGCCUGGUACCGUAUGGCGCGCUGAAACAGGUCAUUCGGUUCACCAAUCCCGCUGCGGUCAUGAAAAGCGUGCUCGAUAUCUUCAUGGCGCAACCUCUCGGAGCCAGUUCCCUGCUACAGCGUAUCUUUGGUCUCGCUGUGGGUGAUGGAAUCCGCAGUCUACAGAGAUCGAUCGACGCACUCACUGUAAAGAUUGAUGAGCCAACCUUGACUGAAAAGAUCCGGAAUUAUACAGAGACAUAUCAGGAAGUAAAGGACAACAUUCGGCAGGAGGCACAGGAUGACCAAGUUGAUUUGCUCGUGAAAAUUCUUCAGAGUGAAGAGAUCGAGCCUGCUCUAUCACCCGAGCAGAUUGGCCGAGUUUUCAAUGCUUAUGUGGCUUGGGACAACGCCGUCGAGAACGUGGACGAAGAAAUGCGCCAAGGUGCUGAGCUUUUUGCCAGAUUGAAACAACUGCUCAAACUGAACACUCGGCAACGAGACAAGAAGAUGAUGCUUGAGAUGGUCCAGGAGCCUAAUACAUUGGGACUGUUCCGUGACCUCUUCACGAUCUUCUAUGAACCUCUGGUUCGCGUAUACAAGAGCGCGAAUGUUUACAACAGCGUCACUGACUUUUCCCGCUUCGCCGACGAUGCCAUACAAACCAUCGAAAAGGCUCAACGGCAGGACGUCAGUGCAGAUCCUAACCAGACCGUGCAGAGCUUCAUUGAUCUAUGCGAGAGGCACGAAGACGAUUUGUACAAAUUCAUUCACGAAGUCCAUCUUCACGACAAUGGACUCUUCGAUAAAUUAAUGACUUGGAUCGAAGGAAUCCUCGACUUCCUGCGCAACGGACCGAAGGGAGGCAAACUUGACAUGAACGCUCUGGUAGCAGGCGCUCUGGAGAUGAAGCAAAUCGACCAGCAAGCCGCUCUCCGCGAGAUCAAUAGUCUGAUCAAGUGGCAGACGGCAAGAAAGCGCUGGCACUCGGACAAAACACGACAGAAGAUGGCUUCCGGUGGUGGAGGCGCACACGACGAUGGCAUGAGCGGGCUGGCCUCGACAUUCCAACCAAGCGAUUUCGGCCUGGAUGCGCAAGAUUUAGCAGAUAUGGAUCUUGCUGAUGAAGACGAUGAGGAGGAGUCGGACUCGGAGGAAGAUGAGGAAGACGACCCCAUCGAAGCUGAACGGAGACGUCGGCGGAAACGGCAGGAUGUGCUCAAGCGAACUAGCGGAGAGCCUGUCAAGCCGGAAAUUCACGAACUACAAAAAAUGAUGCCGCAGUUCUUGGCUAUGCUCCGGAUGGUAUUGGCGGAAUAGAGCGUACAGGAUAAAUGGUACACUAGCACGGGCCUAGAUAAACGGCAUGAUAUAGGUAAUCAACAGCAAAGAGCAUUAUUA